AUGCAGAAUAUCUUUUUUGUAGCACUCUGUGCUAUCUCGGUAAUUUCAGAGGCAGUGCAACGAAAUCCAAACCAUCAGGCAGACUACAAAGCUGCCAGAGUACUACAGCAAGGAGAAGACUCCAAGAAGCCAUGUGGUAUACGGACGAUUACUUACCUGACAAGCUACAACCCUGCACAUCGGACGAGUGCCACAGGUGAUUCCACUCAUACUACUAAUGGCGUGGAUCCUUACGAAAACGGUUACGGUUAUGCAACAUCAUCUCACCCAGGGAACUCGGAGGUGUAUUCUGCGAGUUCUCAAGUUGGAUCCGUCUUUACUAUUCGUCCUUAUCCCUUCAAGAGCAUCGAGGACCCUUAUCAAACAGAAGGGCCCAAAUACCCUCAGGGCAUAGAGUACGUUGUAGGAACUGACGAUGCUUACUCCCACUAUUCUGGCCACUCCGCACAUCCUCCACAUGGUACUCAAGGAAAUGGUGGUCAUGGCAUUUACCAUACCAGUGAGAGCGAUGAGGAACCUCUGGGGAUCUCAACGAUCCACGAGACCGCGACGUUCGCCACCUCCGUCCCCGUCACAUUGGCGACUACGCUCACUAUCACCACGGCCAUUCCCACCACGAUCUUCCAGAACAACACGGCAACUGUGACUUCAUUUUCCAUUUCCACAUUUAUCACGGUAUCAACGUUCACAAGUAUAUCCACGUUCACGACGGUCUCACCGCAGACCGUGAGUGCUACUAUCACUUCAACUAAGGAAAAUGUGCCUACCUCCACGACAACUUCGUCCGGUUCUUCCAUCGAGACGUUGUUGCCUAGUACUUCCGGAUCUUCCACCGAUACAGCUUCAACUACUACUUCCGAGACUUCUACGUCUGGAUCCUCUGCACAAACUGUCUUGCCUGCGACUUCUGUGUCCUCUACAGAGACUGUGUCACCUACUGCUUCUGAAUCUUCUACGCUCGAAUCCUCUCUGUCCGAAUCUUCAACAGAGACCGUAUCGCCCACUGCGUCCGAGUCUUCCACGGAGGCAUUUUCGCCUACCGCAUCAGAGUCCUCCACCGAAUUAGUAUCCUCCGGCCAAUCGACGUCGACUCUUCUACCGCCUACGACACUUGGGCCCAGCUCCACUGAUUCACAAAGCGCAGGGUCGACCAGCCUCUCCAGCCCCUCUUCGACAAGUUCUAUGAACCCUCUGAAGACAUUUGAUUUCUACGCAACGGGUACCUUGGGUGGUGCGGCCGAUGGUCUCACACUGGGGCCUCAAAUGUAUAUUAACCACAACGGCCCAGCAAUUUUCCGCGGCGUUUCCGGUGCCAAAGGAUUUAGUCUCGACCCUACCACGAAUGAGGUCAGGACGACGUACUCAGACAUUGCUCGGGUCAAUCUGAAACUCUGUUGCACGUACAGCAUCAUUGGAAGUAUUCAGGAUCCUGCAACCUGCGAUAUAUCAAGUUGCAACUUGAACAGCGCCGGAAAGUUACCAUUGCAGUGCGCUCCAGACCCGAACACGGAUGCACUGAGUUGCUUUCUGAAUGUAGCCACAGUCGGCGGCGAUUAUUCAGUAUUGCAGAUCAUCCCUUUUGACGACGAAUAUUCCUCUCAACUGCCUGCUUUUCAACUGGCUGUGGGCACCACCUUGGGUGCAGGAUACAGCCCAGUUACUUUACGGACUCAGCGCCCUGCUGCGCCUUCAUUCUCCUCAUCAUCAUCAUUGUCGUCAUCCACAAUCGGUCGGGUUGCAGAACCUACCUCCGGGAGUUAUAUCUAUGCAUUUGGCAGUGGCACUGAUGCAGAUCACCUGCCGCUGCAGCCUCAACUCAGCAACAGUGGACUUGUCGUGUUCAGCACGCGCCCAAAAACCGUUGUGUACCGCGUUGCGUACGGCGAGGGUCAGAGAUCGGGAGUGCUACAUGCAUACAGCAAAGAUGGUUCAGUUGAUCAGCGCGUUUGUUGCACCUAUGCGAACGCCGGCAAUCCAGUUGAUCCAGCCUCUUGCUUCAUAGGAACCUGCUCCUUAGGCGGUGAUUCUGUUGCACCUUUGGAGUGCACCAACUGGAUAGACCCGAAGGGUCAUUUCUUCUUCUUCUGCGGGGUAAACGCCACAUCCAUCAACACGAUUUAUGGCGUCCAGCAAGUUGCUCUACUUCCAGACGACGCUUUGCAGUUCAAAGUGGGUAGUACCCUCCAGCCAGGCAACAAGGAUGUCACUUUGUUGGCUGACUCAAGUGGUCUAUCGGCGUUCUUCCCUGCUUCUACAUCCACGAGCAGCAGUUCCAUGUCGCAAGUGACUACGCCUCCUUCUACCACCUUCGCCAUUUUUGCCGCGGACACAGGUAUCGACGCUGCUAACGGUCUGGCGCUGCUACCUCAAUCAACUAAUACUGGCGGUUCCAUGGCGGUAUUUGGCUCGUCAAACACGCCAGUGACGUAUAGUCUGAAUCCGGUUACUAAGCAGGUUAGUCUUUCGCCUGGCAUCGAUAGUAACCGGGAUAUCUGUUGUACUUAUCGUUCCGACGUACUUGGUACUAUCAAUCCCGCUAUUUGUUCCAUCGCCACCUGUAGUCUGGGCGACACAGAUACUGCCCCACUACAAUGUAGUCUCGUCGCCGGAGGCAGUGGCGUGUUGAGGUGCUUUAUAAAUGCGAUCUCGAUCAGUGCUAUAUACCGCACUCCGCAGAUCGCUGUCUUAGCAGACGGCACUUAUCAACUGGAAAUUGGCACAGCACUGGGAGCCAACAACUCGCCUGUGACCCUAAGUACGGUCAGGCCGACUUAG